AUGCCACCGCAAACGAAAGGAACGACAUUCAGGGACAAUGAGGAGGAAGAAGAGUUGCAGAUUGAGGAGCCCGUUCCUAUGAGUCCACUUAUUUCUUUGCUGCACUUGCGCCACACAUACGCUUCACAGUACGUGGAUGAGUCCAAGCGAGAGGAGGCAAAGGCAAAAAUACUAAAAGAGGCAUAUGACCACAACAUGGCGCCCUAUCUCCGCUUCAUCUGUGAAUCUUUUGCCUGGUCGCUCGAAGAGUGGAAAAUGCAAGAAAUGGAUGCUAUCAAUGCAAAGAAGCUGGAAGAGUUGGACGCGCGCCUGAAGGAUGCGCAGGAGAAUCUUGGCGAUGUGGAGGUCCGCGAGAGUCUCCUCGCCAAGUGUGAACACUUUGCCCGCAUUGGCGACCUGCAGGAGUGCCUUAAUUUUAACAUGGAGUGCUCCGGCAAGACGCUGGCAGCAGGCCCGAAGUUGGAUCUAUGCUUUCAGCGUAUUCUGUUAGGCAUUGCCUUUUCUGAUAAUGAAAUUGCCGCCAAUGGUGUCCGUGAUGCGCAUCGGCUCAUGAAGGAUGGCGACUGGGAGCGACGGAACCGCCUCAAAGUGUACGAGGGCAUCUACCAUGUCUUUAUCCGCGACUUUAAGCGAGGCUCUGAGCUUCUGCUUGACUCCAUUUCCACCUUUGCCUCCAGUGAGUUGAUGGAUUUCAAUGAGUUCAUCCUCAUCACUGUUGUCGCAAGCCUGCCGGUUCUGAGUCGCUCCGAGUUGAAGCAGCAGAUUUUGGAUAGCCCGGAGGUGCGGAGCGCCAAUAUCAAGGAUGUUUUUCAUCUUAUCACAGUCAUCUAUAAUUGUCGCUACAAGGAAGUGUUCUCUGCACUCGACACGGUUUGCCAGCAUCUGCGAGGCAUUGUUUACCUUUCUCAGCACGUGAACUACUUUUUUCGUGAGGUGCGAGUGCUGGUAUUCACGCAGUUUCUGGAUUCCUAUAGCAGCGUCACGUUGAAUUCGAUGAGCGCAGCCUUUGGCAUUCCCCCACCGGUGCUGGAUAGCAUGUUGGGAACGCUCAUCUCGAAUGAGCGUAUUGCAUGUAAAAUGGACCGUGUCUCGGAUAGCAUCACUACUUACAGGGGAGAUACGACGAACUUUGACUAUCACCGCAUUGUCAAGAAUGGUGACUUGUUACUGAAUCGCAUUCAGAAGUUGUCCCGUCUGGCAGAGAUGUGA